AUGAAACGAUAUCAAAUCCGUGAGCCAAAGUUAAAUCAUUAUAACGGUUGCUGGCUGAACGGAAGUUUUCUUAAGUGUUCUUGUGGCUUAACUACAACAUCAGCAAGCCUCGAGCUUCAGGAUUUGGAGAUUGUGUAUUCCUAUCUACAUGGAAUGGAAGCCUUGUCUAACCUGAGAGAACAUCAGCUAAGACUGAUGUGUGAAACUGUUAGAUACGAAAGGCAUGAAGCAAAUGAAGUUCUAUACUACCCUGAUGAUAUUGGUACCUGUUGGUAUAUCCUGCUGUCUGGUUCAGUCUUCAUUAAAGAGUCUAUGUUUCUUCCAAGGAGCAGUUUUGGCAAGCGUUCUGCAGGAAGCUUCAGGCGUGGCUGUGAAUGCAUUGUUUUAGAGCCAUCUGAAAUGAUUGUGGUUGAUUAUAUGGAUGAAAAUGAAGAGUAUUUUCAGCGCCAAGCUUCUCAUAGGCAAUCCCGAAGAAGAUUUAGGAAAAUCAACCAAAAAGGGGAGCGGCAAACAAUUAUCGAUACUGUUGAUCCUUAUCCCGUGGGGAAACCACCUCUACCUAGAGGUUACCAUACGGAAUGCACUAAACCCCAGACAGGGUCCUUCCAUGAAGAGCUGAUGCACACUGAAGAGAGGAGGAAGGAGAAAAUCAGAGUCAAUGUAAGAAAUCCAGUGGUCAAACAAAAACUGUAA